GGAACCCAAGGGUAGCAGCAGGCAGCGCGUCCUUGACGAUGGCCAUGGACACGUUCUACAUCUCCCACGGCUCGCCCACGCUCUCCAUCGACGACUCGCUGCCAGCGCGCCACUUCCUCAAGUCGUGGGAGCCGGCCGGUCUCGCCGGCCCGCAGCCGCCUCGCGCCAUCCUGAUCGUGUCCGGCCACUGGGAGACGGACACCCCGGCUGUCAACGUCAUCCGUGGCACCAACGACACCAUCUACGACUUCUAUGGCUUCCCCGACCAGAUGUACAAGCUGGUGUACCCUGCGCCGGGCGCGCCGGACGUGGCCAUGAGGACCAAGAAGCUCCUGGAGGACGCCGGGUUCGGGCCGGUGAGCGAGGACCACGGCCGCGGGCUCGACCACGGCGCGUGGGUGCCGCUGAUGCUCAUGUACCCGGAGGCCAACAUCCCGGUGUGCCAGCUCUCCGUGCAGACGGACCGCGACGGCACGUACCACUACGACCUCGGCAGGGCGCUGGCGCCGCUCCGGGACGACGGCGUGCUCAUUGUCGGCUCCGGCAGCGCCACGCACAACCUAGGCCGGAUCCUGCGGACGUUCGCGCCCACCAGCGGCGAGCCCGUGCCGGAGUGGGCGGCUGAGUUCGACGCCUGGCUCAGGGAGUCUUUACUCAACGGACGGCACGACGACGUGAAGCGGUACGAGGAGACGGCGCCGUUCGCCAAGGUGGCGCACCCGCGGCCGGACCACUUGUACCCGCUGCACGUCGCGCUCGGUGCGGCCGGGCCGGAGGCCAAAGCGGAGCUCAUCCACCGCAGCUGGUCCAACGCCACGCUCUCCUACGCGUCCUACCGGUUCACCACCAAGCAGCAAGAUAAACUGAUGGAGCCACCGUGUGACGGCGCUACCCCUGCUCUUGUAUGCGACUAAAUUCCCACACACCGCAAGUGGGGAACAGUGGCGGAGACCGGAAUAUUUUUCAGGUGUGACGGAGUUUAUAAAAAAGAAAACCAUGUUUUAAUCAAAUUAUGCAUGAACUCAUUUGAAUACUACAUAUACUAGCCAAAUGUCCGUGUGUUGCUUCCACAUUAUAGAGUGCAUUAUAAUGGUUUGACAUCAAUCAUGUCUAACAAAUACCUUUAUAGAAUGGUUAGAUAUGUUGUAUCUUACCUCAGGUUGUCAUGGUAGGAAAUGCUUAAGUAUUGCACCAAAGAUUUAGUCAGUAAUAUGCGGUGGUCAUUACUUGAUCAAGUAGCAAUCUAAAUAGAGAGAGGCUGGCGGAAGACCUUUAGUUGCAAAUGUACAAUUACGGAUGUAAGUUUGAACAUGUUUAUUAUUCAUUUUGUUAA